CUGACAGAAUGUCGACCAUCCCAUUUAACAGCACUACAGGAGGAGUUAACCUGUAGCAAAGCGUGUGGUUAAUCCUGCAACGUGCAAAGUCCUGCCUCACAGUCUCCUCUCAGCAAGUCCUCACAUCAUUUUUCUUGAACAGAACUUCAAAACCUCACUCAGGGGAUGAAAAUAUCGGUGUUGACCAAAAAGCUGUGGUGUGUCCACAAACAGCUGCUCCUCGUGCUCGCUCCACUCGUCUUUCUGCCUUUACCCCUUACUCUGCCAGAAAAGGAGGGAAAAUGCCUGUACGUGGUGCUGCUGAUGGCUACGUUCUGGUGCACAGAGGCCCUGCCUCUGGCUGUGACAGCCAUACUCCCAGUCUGCCUCUUCCCCACGCUGGGAAUCCUUCCAGCCAAAAAAGUGUGUCCUCAGUACUUCAUCGAAACCAACUUCCUGUUCCUCAGUGGGCUCGUGAUGGCAUCGUCUAUCGAAGAAUGGGGGCUGCAUCGCAGGAUAGCGCUGAAGGUGCUCAGCAUUGUUGGAGUAAAACCAGCCUGGCUCAUCUUGGGAAUGAUGCUGACCUCAUCCUUCCUCUCCAUGUGGCUUAGCAAUACUGCUACCACAGCAAUGAUGCUGCCAAUUGCAAAUGCCAUUCUGGAGAGCUUGUUCGGCGACCUGGAGACCCUGAAACAAAAGUGCAAAUCCCCCGAGGAGCACGAGAGUGCUGUAAUAAACGGUCAGUCGUCUGUGAAGCUGCAUUCAUUACCAUCAGAGCCGUCUGAAAAACACAUGCUGUCAAUGGAUGGGAUGGAUGGGGCGGAGCAGACUGACCUGAGAACAGCCGAGGAGAUCCGAUCAGAGUCCCAGUAUCAGAUGAAAGUGUGGAAAGGAUUCCUGAUCUGCAUUCCCUACGCAGCCAGUAUUGGAGGGACCGCCACACUGACAGGCACUGCACCAAACCUCAUCCUGAUCGGACAGCUAAAAAGCUAUUUCCCAGACUGCGAUCGUAUCAACUUUGGCUCUUGGUUUGCGUUUGCCUUCCCGCUCAUGCUUGUCUUCCUGUUUAUGGGAUGGCUAUGGAUCUCUUUUCUCUAUGGAGGAUUGAAUACAAGGUUGUGCUUCACAAAACACGACCACAGAGCCCGGGCGGAGGCCAGAGCCCAGGCUAUGAUAAAGGAAGAUUACAGAAAACUUGGUCCCUUAAAUUUUGCAGAAGGGGCCAUAUCUUUCUUUUUUAUUCUGUUUGCCAUUCUCCUGUUCACAAGAGACCCCAAAUUUGUCACUGGCUGGUCAGUGUUUUUUAAAAAAGGGUAUGUCUCUGAUGCUGUCACUGGUGUGAUCAUUGUGUCCAUAUUGUUCUUCUUCCCUUCGCAGAAACCUUCUCUGAGCUGGUGGUUUGACCCACAAGCUGUCAACACUCCUUAUGUUCCCCUCCUGUCAUGGAAAAAAGCCCAGGAUUCUGUUCCCUGGAAUAUCAUUCUGCUUCUCGGGGGUGGGUUUGCAAUGGCCAAAGCUUGUGAGGAGUCUGGCCUGGCCGCCUGGAUCGGAGGCCACCUCCAGCCUUUGGCUGAAGUUCCCCCUGCUGCAGCUGUGAUGUUGAUUACUGCUUUUCUGGCCUGUUUCACCGAAUUUGCCAGCAACACUGCAACAAUUAUCAUAUUUUUACCGGUCAUUGCUGAACUGGCUAUCCGUGUCUCGGUGAACCCCCUGUACUUCAUGAUUCCUGCCACAGUGGGAUGUUCGUAUGCCUUCAUGCUGCCGGUGUCCACACCACCCAACUCCAUCGCCUUUGCAUCCGGACACCUUAUGGUCAAAGACAUGGUGAAAACUGGUGUUGUCAUGAACAUCCUGGGUGUCCUCUCCGUCUCUCUGGCUAUGAACACUUGGGGCGUCGCUAUGUUCCAAUUGAACACUUACCCAGACUGGGCUCAUCCUCUCAACAACACCGAUGCUGUUUCUGGCCUGCACUUACCAUCUGGACUCAACGCCACACUCUGAUCACACUCCUCUUCCACAACCAGCCUAGCUGUAUCAGAAGAUUGUAAUAUAAAAAUUAAGGUCGAGCGGGGACAAAAGCCUGUCUGUAGAUGUCUGUUCUGUUGCUAAAAUGCCAGAAUGCUCUGGGAGAUUUUACUGUUACUCGUUACGAUGGCUUAAAAUAGCUUACUAUAAGUUUAAGGCUUCAUGCUUUUACACUGUUUUAGUCACUCCAUGCGAUGAAGAAUCAAGAUGAUGAGCUUUACGAAGAUGAUGUUGAAACUACUGUGUUGUUGUACUCCUUGUCUUCCUGAAAAAAACUAAGCUGGAGCAACUUUUAAGGACACUCUGCAGAGAGUUUAUGUUUUAAAGGCUCCAGUCCUCUGCUGAGUGUGCCGUUUGUAGCGUUACAACAAGUCUGACCUCUACUGGAAGAAAGAUAGACUUUAGUGAGUAAAUCUUUAAAUAUAUGUUUGGUUCAAAUCAUUUAGAGAAUAUUGUAUUUCACAUUUUGCAAAGUAAAGGUUAUAAAUCAAACAAUAUUUUAGAUCUUUUCAACCCUAUUAUGUGAAUCCUGAAUGAUAAAUGUGUACAUUUUGUUAUACAGUGAUCUACAUUUGUGUAACUUACAAAUAAAUUGGAAUUUUGUUGAAUGA